AAAACAUUUUUCAUCAGCAUUCUUGUUUCAUAUUAUCUAUUUCGUUUCUGAUGUGCUUUUGUUUUAAUCAAUCAUUAAGUAACUAUUAUGUUGCAUAUUAUUCAAAAAUGACGCUUUGAUCUGAGUUUCCUGUCACAUGUGGAUUCCUCAUCAUCAUAUUAUAUUUGCUUAGCUUGUGUCUGCCUGAUAUAUUUGUGCUAAAUUUAUAGUAAGAACAACUGUAUCAUGACUAAUGUAAUCUUAUUAAUAACGAGGCAAUGAACUGAGUAAACAUACCUACUGAUCGAUUGUGUCAAUAAAUCUCUCUGCUUAUUGGUCAUGCUUACACUCAGUCAUAUGCAUCUAAAGACACACGGUAAUGUUAACGCAAACGUGUUUUACAAGUUCAAUCGGUGAAGAGUAAUUAAAGUGUUAUUUGGGAACUACUCACAGAUGAAGACUAACAAAUCUUCAUCAGCAUAGAGACGGACAAAUUUUCGGAAACGAUCUGCUUAACUAACAAAUCGCUUUCCUUCACUUGAUCAGUAAUUACAAAAAUCCAAAUCAAACAGUUGAUUGAGAUAAUAAUGGAUAAUUCAAAUGGAACAGUUGAACAUUUGACAAAUCAUUCAGAUGAUACUGAACUGCCUAAUGCACGCGUGCCUGACAUGAAACGCAUCAAGAAUGCACGCAAAGAACGUGCUAUUCAGUUGAAAGAAUGGCAAGUCUAUGAUAAGAAAAUGCAGAAAGAAUCGGAGAAGUUACAAAAGAAAGGAUUAUCUCCGUUGAAUGAUAGAGGGCAUUAUAAUUCUAGUCGUGCUGUGAAAUUCCCACAGACUUUAAUAUUUUUAGAAGCUGCAGCUAGAGGAGAUUUAGAUGAGGUUCACGAAUUACUAAGCAGUGGAAUGUGUCCAGAUGUAGCCAACGAAGAUGGAUUGACAGCCUUACACCAGUGCUGUAUAGACAAUAAUUUGGAAAUGUGUAGACUCCUUCUCCGAUACGGUGCUAAUCCUAAUUCUCGUGACACGGAACGAUGGACUCCAUUGCACGCGGCAGCUACAUGCCAUCAUACAGAAAUGUGUAAACUUUUAAUUGACCACGGUGCAGAUCUUCUCGCUAUGAAUGUGGAUGGUUAUAUGCCUUAUGAGUGUUGUAUGCCUGGUCAAACCCUGAAUCUAAUUGAAAUGGAAAUGGAUAAAAGAGGUAUUACACAAGAGGAAAUAGAUGACUGGCACAGAGUCCCAGAAUGUGAAAUGCUUGCAGAUAUGGAAGCAUUAUAUAAAGCUGGUGCUGAUCUUGAUAUGUUAGAUCCACAAGGUGCAUCAAUGCUACAUAUUGCGGCUGCAAAUGGAUAUGAAGAAGUUACAUUAUUUCUUUUGAAACGAGGUGCGAAAAUUGAUUUAAUGGAUAGAGAUGGGUGGCAAGCAAUACACAUUGCAGCUUGUUGGUGUCAGCUAGAGGUAGUUGAACUGCUUGUAAAUUUUGGUGCAGAUAUCAUGGCUGAAACAAAAAGUGGCGAAACAGUAUUUGAUAUAUGCGAAGACCCAGAAAUGAAAUCCAGACUUCUUGAUAUAAAACAAGAGAUGGAGAGAAAAAAAUGCCAACAACAAGACUUACUUAAUCGACCUGGAAAACCUCGUGAACUGGCUCGCAGACGUAGUAGUACAAAUCCCAGAAGUGCUUCUAUACGGCGAACAAGUAUGAGAGAAAAGAAAAUGAUUUCCUGGAAAGAAGCUAAACAAGAAGCUGAAAUGCGUGGUGUGGCCACAGCAACCAACGAUAAGGAUGCUCCGAAACCAUUCAGUCCAAUACCUAACGGUUCUAUGGAUCAUGUUUUUGAGAAACCAUCACCCUCUUCAGAAUCUCAUGGGGCAACAAGUUCAAAAAACGCAUAUGGUUCUAUACGUUCUUCACAUCCCAGUCAUUCGUCAAAACCUCCAAAUUCGCCUGUUUCAUCUCCUGUCUUAACACAACAUGGUACAGCUCGACCAGGCAAACUGCAACAAAGUGAGACAAUCAUCACUAUCAAUGGUUCACCUCAGUCACCUAAUCUUCGCACGUCAUCUAGGAUAAAAGAAAGAGAGAUCAAUCAACCGAAACGAAACAAUCCAUCGUCUUCCCCGUAUACUGAGUCUAGUCCAAUAGCUGUCCACAAUCCGUCGCCUGCCACUCACCACCGAACAGUUCAUGAUAAAGAGAGAAUUAUACGGAUCCCGUCAAACACUAUACAGAACACAGACAACUCGGGAACAUUGACACGAAAGUCUCAACAGGUCGAGUACGGUAGUAAAUCUCCACCAUCUGGCACACCUAAUAUGUCUCCACACCAUACUUUAAGUCCUCAACCUCGCCACUCGAAAAGUCGAACGGCAUUCGGUAUUGAUCCUGCAGUUCCAGAUCAGCCUACUCCUCAACUUAAGUCUCGAAUGAACAGUUAUGAAAACGCCCAAACAUCUUCUCCUCCUCGUCGAGAUGGUAACCAGGGUACUGAUUCAAAUAAUCAACCAUCUCGUGGGGAGAGAAGAUCGUCUACACGGAAGAGAAAAUCUUUGUCCUCUGAACAAAAACCAUCAAGAAAUGAAAAUAGAGAAACUGAUGUUUCUAUACAUAAUGCAUAUUAUGCAUUACCACCAUCGAAUAACCAGUUUCAGAAUAAUCAUCCACGUGGCGAAGAUCUCAAUGAUAACCAAAAUGUUAUACUCCGCUCGCCUAAUAUUAAUCGUAAUGAUUUCCGAUUGUCGAGUCGAGCAAGAGUUAGUUCGGGUCAACAAAAUACAUCAGGACAGGUUGUACAUGCCACAGCAACUAUACCGAGAAGAGAAUUGAUCAAUUAUGGUGAUGAUUUAGGUUCUAGGCCAAGUGGGAAAUGCUGUUUAAUAAUGUGAUUCAACUUAAUGUUCCAACGACUACAGUCUUCAUUCAACAUCUGUUCUUGUUGAAUUAAAUAUAUAAAUAUUCAACAACCUUCAUUGCCUCUUAAGUAACCCCACGUUUAAACGGCCAAACUCUGUACAUAUCAGUUCACAUUCCCGUCCUCUGCUCCCCUUCCAUCUCUUUUCCUUUCUAUUUUCCUUAUAACUUUUCAGUAGUCUAUGAAGAUAAAAUCCAAAGGCAAAAACAAAAAACAGAUUCCCUGAUCAUUUUGAAGUUUGUUAUUCUUAAGGCUCAAUUACCAUUAAGUGGUGAAACAGUAUUUUUGAUCAAGUGAUUAUUUAGUUAAAUUCUGUUCAUAUACUUAUUUACAUAUUCGUUUAUUUUCCAUAAUCUAAUGAAAAUAUUCAGCUUUAUUAAAUUUAACCAACUGUUUUGCGUGUUUGCAUGUAUGUGUAUGUGUAUGGUGUUCAAUAACCAUCGUGCUUUCCUAUGCAUCACUUGUCCGGUUAUCCAGUGAUUGGUUGACCACAAUGAAUAAAUACAGUUAAACUAAUCUCCCAUUAGCUAAUACAGUUUGUUCGUUGUUGUUCUUGCUUUUUGCCCCUAAAGACUUCCUACACUCCUGAAUAAAAAAUACUCUUCCUUUUUCUACUAAUAAAUAAAUAACAAAUUGUUCUGACAACUCUCCGUAAUCUAUUUACCGGGUCUGCAUACGAACUCAUGAAGUGUUUAAUCAUGAACUCUGAUAGAUAUCCGGCUACAAUGGGACCUGCAGAAUAGGUAUUCUACUCUGCUGAAUAGUCGUUACUUAUCUGUUUGAUACUGCAGGUAUACGUACCACAUUUUAUGUAAGUGAUCAAUGAGGACAUUUCUCAGUCAUCGACUAAAAACGUAUUGUCUUUUUUAUACCCAGAUGUAAAUCACUCACUGAAUUGACUUGAAAUUAUCUAUAUCAGUGCAAAUCAAUGAUUGCCACUGACUAAUUUAUCAAUGAUAUCACUUCAUUUAGUGAGUAAAGAUAUAAUGUGACAAAUUCGAAAGAUAUGAAGGCCCAGUUUCGAAAAUAAAUGUUUCUCUGUUC